AUGAGCGUCGCAGAAAAGCGGAAGAUCGUCGAACAAGACGCGUUCGAUGACGGCGCGCGAACGCCCUUAGAUAGUCCACCAAGGAAGAAACUGAGGAUCACACAACAGCAGAAGCAAGCGCUGAUAGAAAAUCUACAACUAGAAGUAACGGAACGAGCUCGUAAACUUCGAGCCCACUAUGCUCUCCAAGCACAAGAUCUACGAUCACGAAUCGAGCGACGAGUUAACCGUAUUCCGAUGGCACUACGUAAAAAGCUGAUGGGCGAUCUGCUUGCAAAAUAUGAGGAAACCUCUGUUGUGGACGAGGCAAGGCCUAACGCUUCAACAAUCACCGGAAUUCCUUCGCCGUUCAAAAAAGCAGCAAUCGUCCCUAAGACGACCGGUUCAACUCAGCGAGCCGAUAAAUCGCCUAGGAUUAGCGGGAAAAAACCAGUCGUCAAGGCUGCGCGAGUCCUUGGGCGGAAAACUGAUGAGAUCCAUUCUUCUGAUAAAGAAAAUGUCGUCCGUCACAACUCAAUAGAGCCUCCUCUUGCCAAUCCGAAGAAACGCGGCAAGACAGGUGCAACUGGGGGUACUGCACGAGUUAUCUCGCAGCAUACACAAGGAAGUGUAUUGUCUCCCAAAUCUUCAAACUCUAGAACAUUUCCGCAAUCUCCUUUAAAACAGUCGCCGGUAAAACCCCAGGCUUUCAAACCACACAAUGCCUCAUCUUUCAAAUCCAGCAUCGGAAACUCGGACGAGAACUCCAAAACAAGGGCAAGGGGUGCUGCCCAAAAAAUUCUCUCCCCUCAAAGCAGCCCGGCAGUAAACCGGCCGUCCAGUGCUGCUUCUUUUAGACCGAAGAAUAGCACUACAAAACGGCCAGGAACGGCACUUGGCACCACUCGCAAACCUGUGUCUCGACCUGCGACACGUCAGCAGCGCACACGGGCUGCUAGCACAAGCACUGUUGCGUCGAAUACGUCAGUUGGAACCACAAUUAUUAGAUCUACUCGCUCAGGUACCACCACGACGAAAAAGUCUACGACUGGAACUGGCACGUUGACAGGCACACGGAAAGCAGCCGCUUCGAAAAACCAGGUGGCACCAGCGAAGAAAAAGCUCAUGGCGACCACCGGACCAAACAAAGUUUCAUCCGCUGAAGCACCUCAAACGGGUAGAAGGGUGCUUCGUAAUAGACCGUGA